GUGAUUAUCUCUUCAAUAUUAAAUCAGCCGAAUAUCGAAUGUUUAAGAAAAUAUUUCAAUUAUAUUUCUGUGCUCCCUGCAUCGAUAAUGUAUUAAUAAAGUCGGUUUUGAUACGAGUGCAACUCAAUUUCGUUGAUGUUCGUUAUGUACAACGCGAGAGAGGACACCAACGACCUAUUUUCUUUUCAUGUUUUUUGUGAUAAUUUCCUUUCGUGCUGACAUCCACGAAGUAUCGUAAUUUUUAUUUCUUCUGUUUAUGCAUCGGUAAAUAGAUAAUAUCAGUUUUAGCGCGAGUGUAAUACCUAAUGUUUCGUUGAUGCUGACUCGUCCGACUGCCAGAGAUGACAGCUGAACCAGAGCUCUGCUCUUCGUUCCUUCUAGGUGUACAAACUUCACAAAGGAAUUCCAUAAGUAAGGUGGAAGAUGACUCGGCAUUCUAAAAAUUGCACUGCUAGUUCAGUGUAUUCAUACCAUGAAAAGAAAAAGGAUGCCAAAGCAUCUGGUUAUGGCUCUCUCAACCUGAGAUAUGGAAAGGAUGGGGUCAAAGAUUUUGAUUGUUGCAGCCUAUCUCUUCACCCAUGCCGUGAUCCUGUUGUGACUCCAGAUGGUUAUUUGUUUGAUAAGGAGUCAAUCUUAGAAUACAUCAUUACCAAGAAGAAUGAAGUUAGUCGCAAAAUGAAAGAGUAUGAGAAACAGUGCAAGAAGGAGCAGAAUGAGCUAGCAGAACUUGGUGAAGCUGAACAAAGAUCUCAAGUCGAGAAAUUUCUUAAUACAGAAACUGCUGUUGCCUCACCUUCACAAGCUGCACAAGGGGAAAAGUCCAAGACUGCAAAUAUCUCUGGGCCAUCUGUCUCCAAUAUGGUUGCUGGUCGUGACAAGAAAUUACCUAGUUUUUGGAUCCCUUCACUUACACCUGGUAAUAAGGAAACUAAGCUAAAGAAACCAGACAAGACUGUGUUUUGUCCAAUUAGUGGAAAGCCACUGAAAGCCAAGGAUCUUAUUCCCGUAAAGUUCACACUUGCAGAUGCUAGUGGUAGUAGUUCUUCUCUAGAGGGCAAGAGGGAGCGCUAUAAGUGUCCUGUUACUGGUGAUAUCCUGCGUAACAACAUUCCAUGUGCAGUCCUGAAACCAACAGGUGAUGUUGUGACUAUGGAAUGUGUGAAGUUGAUUCAGAAGGAUAUGAUUCACCCAUUAACGGGAAAUCAGCUUAAGGAAAGUGACAUCAUAGAACUUCAGAAGGGAGGAACUGGAUUUGCUUCUGCCAAUGAUCAACUCACGGGGAAAAAGGCCCGACCUGUUCUUCAAGCUUAAUUCGGAAGUAUAGUUUGUAAAAGUAUCAAUUUUUUUUUUUAGGGUAAAGAUCAAAUUUUCCUGUAUAUUGUCCAAACAGAAGAUAUUUACUCAUCCAUGAAAAUUAUGUCCAGAUGAGGUAUUAUGAAUAUUUUUGGUGGGGGUAGAAGGGGUGGCUUUUCAGAUGUGACAUUUGAUUGACCUGGAAAAAUAGUAUCAUAAGGCACAGUUGUGCAACCAUAAAUAAAUGCAAACUUCUGUACUUCUCAUAAUAAAAAAAUUUGCCUUCUGA